GGAGGAUAGAAAAGAGAGGCAGAGACGAUGAAGGAGGGAGAGAGAGAGUUGAGCUCUCUGGAGUAAAUCUCUCAAUCUGUUCAGGGUGUGAGGUGGACUAACUCACUCCAGUGGACAAGGACUCACAGGGAUUCACAGGUUUAUUCCGUUCUUCAGUGGCGCAGGGGAGCGUUAGGAGUGGAUACUCUGCAAAUGGAGACCUUUCUUCUUAUUUUCCCUGAUGUCUCUUCUCCGACAUCGAAGAAGUCAACACAACCUUUACAUUAAUUGCCAUCGCACGUUUUGAAGUGAAGCCAAGCUCCUUAGACUUACCGGCUAAACUGUGGAUGGAGAUUAUGAGGAACUCUCAGUCUCUGCACGUGUUCCUUGUUACCUUUGCGUUUCCUUUAUUUUCAACUCUCCUCUGCCCUUCAAAUGCCAGCUCAGGGUCUGAUUAUGACUACGGAGCCCACCCACGCUUUGUAUGCACCCCUAUUCCCGUGGACGCGGACCCCGCCUGCUUCCCUACAGGGGGUCCGGGCGUAGGGGCGGCGGGGCCCAGCGGACCAGGUCAUCAAAGUUCCCCUCCUGCUGGCUGGUGGGGGGCGAGUGAGGAGGCAAAAGCCACCAUCCUCCACCUCAGGGAGAGCCUCGUCCAGCAGAAGGAGACCAUCCUGGACCAGAGGGAGACCAUCAGGGAGCUGACGGCCAAGCUCACGCUGUGCGAGGGUCUCGGACGCGGCGCGGCGUCCCACGACGACUUCCACGGCACGGCCUCGCACCCCCAGCACGCCGGGUCGGCCGACCAUCACGCCGUCACCGACGACGGGCACUAUGGCGACCAGCAGGGUCGCCAUGGAAACCUCAUACCAGACUCGCCGCACUACGGCUCCGUGGGGAGGCAACGAGCCGACGGGGGGCACGGCGUCAACCACAAGGGGAAGGAUAAACACGUGACACCGGGGGACAUAACGUCCUCGCCGGAGCAGAUGGAGAGAAUGCUGCAGGCGCUGAAGGAGAGGCUGGACAAUCUGCAGAAGAGGAACACAUCCAUCACCUACUCCAGUUCUCUGAAGGAGCUUCUUCAGAGGAAGAUCAGCGCUCUGGAGCAGCAGCUGCACCAUCGCGGCUCCUCCAUCAGCGGCUCGGACCGCCACCACGAAGACGGUGGCCACGGAGACGACGGAGACCAUCACCACGACGACGACGACGAGCGUCUGGAUGGCAAUCACCGCGACGACGGACACCCGAACGACCACAACGAUGGCGGUCACAGCGACAACAGCAACCACACCGACAGCCACGGUGACGACCGCCAUGAUGCAGACACGGGCCGUGACCAUCACCACCAUGACGAUGAUGAUGAUGAUGAAGACCGGCAUAAUAACGAAGCAGACAGCCACAGUUACGUUUCACACACAGGAUACAGAGAGCCAGCGCCACGGACCGGUUUUCACUCUCAUAAAUUGGAAGCAAUGCUCAACCAGCUGCACCUGACAGGUUCCGCCAGGACAAAGUUAGAGAGUCCCGACGCCUUCCAGAUCAGCUUCCCCAUGAGAACCAACUACAUGUCCGGGCGAGUGAAGAGGACGCUCAUGCAAGAGAUCUUCGCUCUGACUUUGUGUCUCUGGAUCAAGGCGGGCGUGGCGCCCGGCCUCGGGACGCCUUUUUCAUACUCUGCCCCCGGACAGGCCAACGAGCUGGUGCUCAUCGAGUGGGGGGACAACCCCAUGGAACUGCUGAUCGACGACAAGGCCGUGACGCUCCCUCUGUCCCUUGAGGGGGGCCAGUGGCACCACGUGUGUGUGACCUGGUCGACCCGGGAUGGACAGUGGGAGGCCUACCAAGACGGCGUGCAGAAGGGGUCCGGGAUCGACCUUUCCCCCUGGCACCCUAUCAAGCCCGGAGGGGUCUUCAUUCUGGGGCAGGAACAGGACACUCUGGGAGGCCGUUUCGACGCCACUCAGUCGUUUGUGGGCGAGAUGUCGGACGUGCACAUGUGGUCACACGUCCUGACUGCGAGCGACAUCUACAGCUUGGCCUCGUGCGGCAGCCACCUGCGAGGGGAUGUCAUCGCUUGGUCCGAGGCGGAGGUGGAGCUUUUUGGAGGCGUCGCCAAAUACCCCUUUGACCCCUGUCACUGAAAGGCCAUGUGACGGAGGGGUGUGGGGGGGGGUUACAUCCUGGGGCGGACUGAGAACAUUUAUCAUAGAUCAAAAUGUGCAAGAAUAAGACAGAAAAUCCUUUGGCUUUCAGGUAUUUUUUUUGGACGACCACUCAGCGGCACCAACUCAAUGCCUUCCUCUAAACUUAAUCAGAGAAAAGAGCAAUAAACCUAAUCUGUGUUUACAGAGACUUUGAGUAUUUAGUAGACUUUGGUCUUUAGGUUUUGGACUCCACUGUAAUCCUGAGCUAGUUUUUUUUUUGAACAGACAAGUGCUGUAUGUGACAUAUUGUCAUAUUGUUAAUAAGACUUAAUAUUGUAGCGUCUGCGAUCAAAUGAGCAGACCUCACGUGUGUUCUGUUGUGGUGAAUUAACAGACGUUAGUCAUAGAUAUGUUUUGAGGAAUCGAUUUGUAAUCUGGAUGCUUCUUUUUUUAUUAAAAGGUGAGCCAGAAAAUACAGCUAAUCAACCAAAGAAAAUGUAGGAUUGAAACACUUUGUGUCAUAGAUGUUUUGUUUUUGGUUAAAUUUGAUUCAUUUUUGUUUGAAACUGUGUAUUUUGUGUGUUCCAGUCAUUGCACGAUGGCUUCUUAAUUUCUUACAUGAUUUGGCCUUGACAGUUUAUUUGUUAAUGUACUGUAUAUGAAACACUGAAUUUUGGCCAGAUUUAAUUUUUGGUGUUAAAAAUUGUGUGCGUGCGAGUUCUUUCUUUUUUUUAUGUUAAGAAAACGCAAAUAAAUAAAAAGUAUAAAAACAG